AUGACAGUGGAUACAGCUGCUGUACCUGAAAAUAAAAAAACGAAUCCUUCCAUCACGAAACGUGAUCGACGUGAUGUUAUACGGCAGGUCCGUGAAAUUACUGGACUUGAUGAUAAUUUUAUAAAUCAAACAAUAGAAGCAUGUAAAGACAGUACGGGACGUUAUUCAUUAGAACAAGUUAUUAAUUUAUUAUUUGACGAUAAUCUUCGAAAUAAUCUUCAACAAUCAACUAAUAAUAAUAAUAAUAAUAAUAAUAAUCAAUCUCAUUCUAAUCCAAAUGUACCUGUUCAAGCAACAGCUGCAGCAUUAUCACCACAAACAUCUGAUCGAAAUCAUGGUGAUACAAUUACAGAUGAUGUUAUUGAAAUUUCACCAGAAAAUGAUAAUCAACAAGCAAUUGAUGAUGAUUUAGAACGUGCUCUACAAUUAUCACGUGAAACAGUGGAACAAAUAAUUGAUGAAUCAGAUAUUGCUGAAAGAAAAUCAUUUGAUGAACCAGCUGGAUUAAAAAAUAUUGGAAAUACUUGUUGGUUUAGUUCGAUUGUUCAAGCACUUUAUACAUUACCAUAUUUUCGUCAACUUAUAUUAAAUUUUACACAUUCAGUUAUUAAUCGUGAAUUAACUGAAAGUGAAAAACAAGCAAUUUGUUUUACAGAAGAAUUACGUAAUUUAUUUAUUUUAAUGUUAAAAUCAACACGUCGUUCAAUAAAUCCUGAUCGUGCAAUAAAAAAAUUUAAAAAUACACGAAAAUUAUGUGGAGUAGAUUUUUCACAUGAAGAUUGUUCAGAAUUUGCUAUACAUCUAAUUGAUCUUGUUGAACUUGCAUAUGAAACAGUUGGAAAAAAUUUAAUGAAUAUUGAUAAUACAACAUUAUCAACAAAUUUUAUUAAUCCUAUUAAUACAUUUGUUACAGGAGAAGUUAUUGUUGAAAGAAAUGAACAUAAUUCAAUUCGUGAAGCAUUAAGACAAAUAAAUAUUCAAAUGAUUGAUUCAAGUAAUCUUUAUGAUGGUCUUGAAACUCUUUGGCUUGGUUCAGCAGAUGAAAGUCUUUCUAGUCAACAAGCUAUUGUUGAACAACGAUGGCUUACACGUUUACCACCUGUUUUAUUUAUUUGUCUUAAUCGUUAUCGAUUUUCACAAACAACAAAACAAGCAUCGAAAAUAAUUACACCAUUUGAAUUUUAUCCAGAACUUUAUCUUGAUCGUUAUAUGUUAACUAAUAAAAAUCUUAUUUUAAAUAAACGAAAUAUUGCUCGAACACUUUAUGCACAAUUACAUGAGUUAGAAGAUACAUUGAACAGUUAUUUAAAAUAUCCAUGUAAUAAUGAAUCAUUUUCACUUGCAAAUGCUAUUCGAGUUGUUUAUGAAUAUGCAACUGGUUGUCGACUUAAUCCAACAUUACCUAAAAGAAAUGAUUCAGUAUCUUUUGAUCAAACAACAACAUCAAAUCGUUCUCGACAAAAUUCUAUUAUACCAAUACAAAGAUCACAUUUAUCUAAUGAAGAACUACAAUUUAUUCAAAAUACAUUACCAACAUGGUUAACAGAAAUUGAAGCUAAAUGUGCAAAUAUUCGUGAAGAAAUUCGACGUUUAAAAAAUGAAUUAAAACAAUUAUAUAAUGAAUCUCAAUUAAAACAAGUUCUAUAUACAUUACAUGCUGUUUGUGUUCAUGAAGGAAGUGCAACACUUGGACAUUUCUGGACUUAUGUUUAUCAUAUAGAUCGACAAAAAUGGUAUCGAUAUAAUGAUAAUGAAGUAACUGAAAGUAAAUGGUCCGAUGUAUUCGAAGAUGCUAUUGGUGGUCAACGGACAUGUAAUGAUCGUGAAGUACCACGUGUACCUAGUGCUUAUUUAUUAGUUUAUAUAAAUGCUGAACAAAAAUCAUUAUCUAAUGAUGUAUAUUAUGAAUUAACUCCUGAUCUUCAGCGUAUUUUAGAUGAUGAUUUAACUUUAUUACAACAACAAAUAGAAACUAUUAAAUUAGAACAACUUUAUAAUGAUCUUAAAACAAUAUGUGAACGUGUUGAAAAAUCUCAAUUGAUACAUAAAGUUUUAAAUCUUCCAUUUUUUUCCGGACCAAAUGCUACUUUUGAUUCAGAAAUAGUUAGACCAGUUAUUGAUUCAACAAUACGUGUUUUAAAAACUUAUGAAACAAAAAUUCUUUCAAUUGAACUAAAUCAUUUACUUCAAGAAAUAAUUGAAAAAGAAAUAAAAACUUAUUCACCAACAACUAAUAUUAUAACAUCAGCAUUACCAUAUCAUGAUUAUCGUUUACAACAUGUUCUUGCAUAUUUAUCAGCAAAUCGUAUUGAUAUGAUUUAUCGACAACGUGUUAUAUAUGAUAUUAUACGUCUUUUACCUAUUUCUAAUGAUGAUAUUCGAUUAAAAUUAUUUAAAUUACAAGCAACAAUUAUUUGUAAUGACAUGAAGAUGUCAAAUGAUGAAGUUCAAGAAUAUCAAAAAAUAUUAAGUGAUUAUAAAGAUUUUCGAUCUGUUAUUGCUGCUUAUCUUGUUGGUUAUCAAUUAAUGAAUGACAAUAAAUUUGAUGAUGCAAUAACAUAUUUUUGUGUUGCUUGUGAAUAUAAUUUACGUCUUUCAAAACAAUGUAUGUUACCAAUGAGAGCUAUGGAUAGUUAUCUUUUAUUUAAAACAAGACGAUUAUGUUUUGAAAAAUGGAAUGAUGUUGUAUUAAAUCGUUUUAAAACUAUACCUGAUUAUCGUCUUGAUAUAAUGAUACAUCAAUUUCUUCCAUGUUUAAUGCAACUUAAACUUAGUUCAGAAGAUGAUCAAGCAUAUAUAACAGAAAUUCAACGUAUAUGGUGUUUAUUACUCGAUAAACUUGAACCUAAUGAACAUUCAAUUGUACUUGAAGAAUUUCUUCAACGUUUACUUGAACAACCAGUUGGUCAACAUUAUCAUUCUGUAUCAAUAAAUAAACAUCAAUUAAUUGAACGAUAUGAAGAAACUGUUCGAGAUUUAAUUCAUCAUAAUCCAUCAUUUUUUACUCAUAAAAAUGAACAACAAUCUCCUGUACGAUCAAAUCGUGCAACAAAUGUAAUUGGUUCUGUUCAAAUUCCUAUUGUUAUACAUCAUCAUCAACAACAACAACAAAGACCUAUUCAGCAAUAUCGAUCUAAUCAACGUGGAUCAUCACCAAUGCAACAAGGUGAUGAUGAACAAGAUUCAUUACCUCCAUCUUCAUCUUCAUAA